GUGGAGCCCUAGCUGUCAACUACACGUCACCUGCUUCGUUCCUGCGACUAGUCGGACCCAACGAGACUGAAGAAGAAAAGACGCUCGUGUAUCCGCCACGCUCGGGCAUAAGCUAGAAGGAUGAGGUUUCUCGGUCGACUUCGCUCCUCCACUCCUGAGCCUGCCUUCUCCAACGUGCUCACCCCGGGCCGCAUCCCAGAGUUCUGCAUCCCCCCGCGGCUGCAGGUCCCCGGCGCUCUCGAAUCACCGCUUCCCGCUGCCGCACUGCCUUGGCGCUGCGCGGCCGAACCGGACCUGUGGCCGCGCAUCCCUGACGACCGCGAGGACAGUGACGAAGACUGCGCUGGCCGCACCGACUGGGACCCACGCUCCCAGGCUGCGCUCUCGCUGCCGCACCUGCCCCGCGCGCGCACCGCUUACGGCUUCUGCGCGCUGCUCGAGAGCCCGCACACGCGCCGGAAGGAGUCGCUCUUCCUCGGCCACCCCGGCACCCCUCGGCUGGGACUUGGCCACCGUGCGCACACCUACGCGUGCCCGCGCCGAGCAUCGGACUCUGAGCUCGCCGCCCCGCGCGACCUGGACAAAACCCCACCAGCCGCUCCAGUGCCCCGUGUGCGCCGCCUCCUCCGCGCCCCCGAUGGUCUGUUGAGCCGCGCGCUGCGGUCCCCCCGCGGCCGGGCCAGCGCGCGUCCCGCGCCCCGCGGCGACGAGAACGAGCGCACCGCCUCCUGCGCGCCCCCGGUCCCCAGCAGCCCGGAUCCCGAGCGCCUGCAAGCCGAGGCCAGCGUGGCUCUGGGCCGCGGGGGUUGCACGCUGCGCCUGGCGGCCGAGUACUGUCCGCGCAGCNCCUGCCUCCGCCUCCGCCUGCUGCGCGUUGAGGGCCCGGCCGCCGCGCUGGAGCCCCGCGCCCUGGGCUGCCGCCUCAGCCUGGUGCUGAGGCCGUCGGGCCAGCAGCGCGCCAGUGUGGUCCGCCGCAGCCGCAAGGCCGCCCUGGACCAGGACUGCUGCUUCGACCGGCUCCCGGAGGAGCAGCUGCGCCGCCUGGCCGUGCGCAUCAAGGCGGAGAGCAAG